UUGACUCACGCUCAUAGGGAACAUUGUAUUGUAGCAUAAUUAUUAAUUUGUGAUUGUAUUUUUAUCACCUGUUCAUCUGUUAUCAUUGCUAUAUAUCAAUUGUUUUUAUUUGCUUUCUGGCAAGAAUUAUAUGUAUUAAGAAAAUGAUAUGAUUUUAUUCUAGUGUAAUUAUUAAACUUAUUCCAAUCAAGUGCCUUACAAUUUACAUUGUUUACAAGUAUAUUACAGUUUUUCAUUGAAAUUGUAUUUAAUAUGGCUGAAAAGAAAAUUCAAGAAAAUCCAAUUCCGGAUGGUUCUCAUACAGAUGUAACGGAUAAACAAAAGGAUGUUGCAAAACUGCCAAUAAUAAAAGUCACCCCUCCACCGACAAUACCAGUGCAAGUACCCCGUCUCACAAUAUCGUCAUUCACCAAGACACCUCCAAAUGAGCUGUACAGAAAGUUACUGCCGGCGUUGUUGUUUAUAUUGACAUUUGUGACGGUUAUGACCAUGCUGCUCAUUUACAUGGAUACAUUUGCUCUCGGUGCUCAACAAUUCCGCCAGAACAUGACCCAGGACAAGGAGCUGGCGAGCAUCUCGGCGGAGUCGCCGACGCUGGUGGCGUACGUGCGGCAGCUGCACCUGGCGCCGCGGCCCCCGCGCGUGCCGCCGCCGCCGCCCGAGCCCACGCCGCGCGUGGCCGUGCUGGACCGCGUCCUGGGCGAGCUGCACAACGGCACGCUGGUGGAGUUCCUGGUGCGCGGGCCGCGCGACGCCACGGCCGCCUUCCUGCAGCGCGCGCGCGGCUGGCGCGGCGUGGCCGUGCGCGCGGCGCCGCGGGACUUCCUGGCGCUGCGCGGCGCCGUGGCGCUGCACGCGUGCCUGGCGGCCGGCGCGCACCCGCGCGUCGUCAGCUACGAGGAGGCGGAGGCGGGCGGCGGCGUGUUCCGCUCGCGCGUGCUGUGCCUGCCGCUGCUCACGGUGCUGCUGGCGGCCGACGCGCCGCGCGCGCACUACACGGCGCUGGCGGGCCCCGCCGCGCCCGCCGCGCUCGAGGCGCUGCCCUUCGCCGGCCUGCGCCUGCGCGUCAUCGACUUCCGCUCCACGGACCCGGCGGCGCUCGCCCGGACGACGCGGGUGCUGCUGGCGCGCAACUACACCGUGGCCGCCACCUUCGACGACGGCAUCAUGUACGCGCUCGACGACGCCGCCGACGCCGACGCCGACGCCGACGAGUAGCGGCCGCCGGCGGCCGGCGUUCGUUUCGUUUACGAAGAUCAUACGAACAGCUUGAAGUAUCGGACGCAAAUAUUAACAGAACGGCAACAUUCGACCAUUUUUGUGAGAUCAGACGAGUGCUUACUUUUCAUAGU